AUGAAGCAUCUCGCAGCUUAUCUUCUUCUCGUCGCUGGUGGUAACGCCCACCCCUCUGCUGAAGACCUCAAGAAGGUCUUGGGCUCCGUUGGUGUCGAAGUUGACGAAUCCCGUGCCUCUGCCUUGUUGAAGGCUAUGGAAGGCAAGACCGCCGCUGAAGCUAUUGCUGAAGGUUCCUCCAAGCUCGCUUCCGUUUCUGCUGGUCCCGUUGCUGCUGCUGGUGGUGCUGCUGCCGGUGCUGCUGCUGGCGAUGCUCCUGCCGAAGAAGAAAAGGCUGAAGAAAAGGAAGAAUCUGAUGAUGAUAUGGGUUUCGGUCUCUUUGACUAA